GCUUUUGAAAGCAAUAAAUGUGGAGAAAAUUUUAGCCAGAGCUCAGCCCAUAUAGUACAUCAGAAAACACAAACUGGAGAUAAAUUUGGUGAAUAUAAUGAAUGUACAAAUGCCCUCUACCAGAAAUUAGACUUUACAGCACAUCAGAGAAUUCACACAGAAGAUAAAUUCUACCUUUCUGAUGAACAUGGGAAAUGCAGAAAAUCCUUUUACCAGAAAGGACACCUCAUUCAGCAUCAGAGGCCCCACUCAGGAGAGAAACCUUACCAAUAUGAAGAAUGUGCGAAAUCCUUUUGUUCAAGUUCACAUCCUAUUCAGCAUCCUGGAACUUACAUGGGAUUCAAACUUUAUGAAUGUAAUGAAUGUGGGAAAGCUUUCUGUCAGAAUUCAAACCUCAGUAAACAUCUGAGAAUUCACACAAAAGAGAAACCUUGUGAUGAUAAUGGCUGUGGGAGAUCUUACAAGUUAGCCCUCAUAGGACACCAGAAAACAGAUGCAGAGAUGAAACUCUGUGAUGGCAGUGAAUAUGGGAAGACAUCACAUCUCAAAGGACAUCAGAGAAUUCUCAUGGGGGAGAAACCCUAUGAAUGUAUUGAAUGUGGGAAAACUUUCUCCAAGACAUCACAUCUCAGAGCACAUCAGAGAAUUCACACAGGUGAAAAACCCUAUGAAUGUGUUGAAUGUGAGAAAACUUUCUCUCACAAGACACACCUGAGUGUACAUCAGAGCGUUCAUAUGGGGGAGAAACCCUAUGAAUGUAAUGACUGUGGGAAAUCUUUUACCUAUAACUCAGCCCUGAGAGCACAUCAAAGAAUUCACACCGGUGAGAAGCCCUACGAAUGCAGUGACUGUGAGAAAACUUUUGCCCAUAAUUCAGCCCUCAGAGCACAUCACAGAAUUCACACGGGGGAGAAACCUUAUGAAUGUAAUGAAUGUGGAAGGUCUUUUGCCCAUAUUUCUGUUCUCAAGGCACAUCAAAGAAUUCACACAGGGGAGAAACCCUAUGAAUGUAAUGAAUGUGGGAGAUCUUUCACCUACAAUUCAGCCCUGAGAGCACAUCAGAGAAUUCACACAGGUAGAAAACCCUAUGAAUGUAGUGACUGUGAGAAAACUUUUGCCCAUAAUUCAGCCCUCAAAAUACAUCAGAGAAUUCAUACAGGGGAGAAACCAUAUGAAUGUAAUGAAUGUGAGAAAAUGUUUGCCCAUAAUUCAGCCCUUAGAGCACAUCAGAACAUCCAUACAGAGGAGAAACUCUAUGAGUGUAAUGAAUGUGGAAAAACUUUUUUCCAGAAGACACGCCUCAGUACACAUUGGAGGAUUCACACAGGGGAGAAACCCUAUGAAUGUAACAUAUGUGGGAAAACUUUUGUCUAUAAGGCAGCCCUCAUAGUGCAUCAAAGAAUUCACAUAGGGGAGAAACCCUAUGAAUGUAACGAAUGUGGGAAAACUUUCUCCCAAAGAACACACCUCUGUGCACAUCAGAGAAUUCAUACUGGGGAAAAACCCUAUGAGUGUAAUGAAUGUGGGAAAACGUUUGCUUAUAAUUCAGCCCUCAGGGCACAUCACAGAAUUCACACGGGGAAACCCUAUGAAUGUAAUGAAUGUGGGAAGACUUUCUCCAAGACAUCACAUCUUAGAGCACAUCUUAGAACUCACUCAGGGGAGAAACCCUAUGAAUGUAAUGAAUGUGGGAAAACCUUCUCUGAGAAGUCGUAUGUUAGUGCCCAUCAGAAAGUUCACACAGGGGAGAAACCCUAUGAAUGUAAUGUAUGUGGGAAGCCAUUUGCCCAUAAUUCAACCCUCAGAGUACAUCAAAGAAUUCACACAGGGGAGAAAUCUUAUGAAUGUAAUGAUUGUGGGAAAACGUUCUCCCAGAAAUCACACCUUAGUGCACACCAGAUAAUUCACAGAGGGGAGAAACCUUAUGAAUGUAACGAAUGCAGGAAAGCUUUUGCCCAAAAUUCAACUCUGAGAGUACACCAGAGAAUUCACACAGGGGAGAAACCCUAUGAAUGUGAUGAAUGUGGGAAAACUUUUGUCCGUAAGGCAGCUCUUAGAGUACAUCACACCAGAAUGCAUACCAGAGAGAAAACCCUAGCAUGUAAUGGAUUUGGGAAGUCCUGAAGGAAUGCAUCCCUUACUACACAUAGUGCAGAAACUCAUGUCACAUAGGCUGGAAACUUGUUUCCCUUAGCCAUUUCCUUUUCCAUUAGGCUCAUAGCUUGUCAAAAAAUGCCAUUCAUCCAGGUAGGACUGACCAUGGAAUGCGGUGCUAAUGAUACAUAUUACACUUAACCUUGGCUGUUAAAAAAAAAAUACCCCACAGUCUUUCUGGUGCAUAAGAUGGAUUGGAGGUUAUUUCUGCAGCAAACACGGGUCCUGUGUGUUGAAAACCAUAGAGCACAAGGUCAAGGAAGCUAGAGUCUGAAAAGCUGGAACAGAAUUCACUUCCGGGUCUGCACCAGGGUUUUGUUUUUGUUGCUUUAAAGUAAGAAUUAAGUUUAUAGUCUGUUAAGCUCUUGCAAGUUUGACUUAUGAGUUAAAUGCACAUAGUUUAACCUAAACUUUCUAUUAAAGUGAGAUGAAACCCUAUGAGUAUAAUGAGUUUGAGAAAAACUUAUCAGUUUAUUGUGCACCAGAGACUUCACAUGAAGAAGAAAACUUGUCAACAUCCAGGAUGAUCAGGAGCCUUCAUUAAAAAUCAGAAAAUUUAAGGAAAAACCCAGAAGCCUUCACAAAAUGAAUUGCAUUAAACAUCAAAUAAUUAUAAUAAAAUUUCAUAUUUUGAAUAAAUGACAUUUUUCCUAGGUAAUUUUUUCUGAGGAAAUAUGUCAGUUUUAGAAUUGGAGAUAAAAUAUUCACCUAGAACUGACAUACCAAAACUUCUGUUUUGUAGUAUCAAAAAUUUUAUAGAACAUAUAUAAGAAAAUAUUUGCCUAUGGACAAAUUCACUGUAGAAUGUGAAGUUAAACAUGGAAUAAUUUGAAUUCUGUGGAGAAUAUGAAUAAAUGUGAAUAGUCUGA